AGGUGAAGGGAAAAUCUGUGUGAGGCUGAGAAACAGGACUCGCUAUAGCCAGCAGUGUGUAGUGGUUAGAGUGUGGGAGCAGGACUGGGGAAGACCCUGAUUUAAAUCCCACUCAGUCAUAAAAGCACAGUAGAUCUUAUUUCCAAGCAAACAUGCACAGAAUUGGGCUGCAUGUCUAAAAUAUUAAAAUAAAUGCCAAAAAAAGAGUUGUUUUUGUCUCAGGGAAUGGUCUGAAGCCUCCCUUAGUUGAGCAGUUGAGAAAAUGUGUUAUGCAACACUAUUUCUGAGACGUGGCAUCUGGGAAUAGGGUAUGGGGUUGGAGGCACUGGUAAAAGAGGGAGGUAAAGUGGUGACUUUGUAAGACAGACCUUCUCCUCUUUUGUCUCUUUCACCAUUUUCGUCUCAGCCACUUGAGAGUUAACACAUACAAAACAAGAGAGGAAGAAAUGUUGGCCGUUAAUCACUUGCACAUGUUAAAUUAUCCAUUAACUAAUGUUAAUGCUGAGAUAAAAAAAUCUCAGUGACGGGGAAGCAAUGCAUGACUGGCAGUCUUUACUGCAUGUCGGUCUUCCGCUCAGGCCUGCUGGUUCUGACUUCACCACUGUCGGCCCUCUCUCUGCGUUUGGUGCCCAUCCUGGCCUCAGCUGCACGGCUGGUACAGGACACCCUUUACAUCCACCUGCAGCCAGGGCUCAGCUUGACAGGCUCCACACAGCCCUGCUCCACAUAUGUCCCGGCUACCACAGAGGUGUACACUCUUAUCAGCAAGUUGUACGCUGAUGCGGAUAUCCAUCGCCACCUUGAUGUCCGGGUGCUGCUCACCAACAUCCUCAACCAGGGCACUGCCCCACCAGCUCUUGGAUCUGUGCAGAACCUCUCCCAGCCACCUGAAGUGGUGCUUACUGACUUUGAGACUAGAGAUGGAGGGCAAUCCAAUCCAGUCAAGCAGCGCCUAGAACGCUAUGCCACCAGCUGCUACAGCUGUCGCCCAAAUCUCAUCUCAGUUUUGUUGUAUCCGGAGUAUGAGCAAGAGGUUAAUGAUGGGGAACUGCCCCUGCAGCCCGAAGCCAAUGUCACUGAGGAGCCUCUGCAGAGCUACAGCGAUGUUGUUGUGGGAGGCACUUUUGAUAGACUUCACAACGGUCACAGGAUCCUUCUAAGUGUGAGCUGUAUGCUGGCAGAAAAUCGGCUUCUGGUGGGCGUCUCAGACAAAGAUCUCUUGGAAACUAAGGUCUUGAAGGAACUGAUCCUGCCCUUUGAGCAGCGUGUGGCUCAGCUCAGCGAGUUCCUGGUGGACAUCAAGCCCUCCUUGCGGUAUGACAUUGUCCCCUUGCUUGACCCCUUUGGGGUCUCCAUCACCGAUCGCUACCUGAAGUGCAUCGUGGUCAGCGAGGAAACCCUCAAGGGCGGUGUGGCUGUCAACAAGAAGAGGAUGGAAAAUGGUCUGCCUGAGCUGGCUCUUCACAAGAUCUCGCUGGCCAAAGAUCCCCAGCAUGCCAGGAAUGAGGAAGACAAAAUUAGCUCCUCUAGCCUGCGGCACAGGCUGCUUGGAACUCUGCUGCGCGCCCCACAGAAAGAGAUGUCUCUCCCUCCCUACCCCUACAUCAUUGGCCUGACUGGGAGAUCUGGUAGUGGCAAGAGCUCCAUUGGUCGACAUUUGGCUCGUCUGGGUGCCUUCUAUUUGGAUAUGGACUCGCUGGGACAUAACAUCUAUGUGCCGGGGAGUCCUGUGUACAGUCAGGUGGUGGAAACAUUUGGAGCAGAUGUUUUGCAUGAAGAUGGGAGCAUCAACAGACGGGCCUUGGGGGCCAAAGUUUUUGGAAACAAGGAGCAGUUGAAACGGCUCACUGACAUCAUGUGGCCAGUGAUGGCUCAGAUGGCAAGAGAAAAGGUAGAAGAGGCAGCCGCACAAGGGAAGAGCGUGUGUGUGUUGGAUGCAGCUGUGUUGUUGGAGGCAGGCUGGGGAGACAUGGUGCACGAGAUCUGGACAGCUAUCAUCCCUGAGGAGGAGGCUCUAAGACGUAUUGUGGCCAGAGAUGGGGUGAGCGAGGAAGCUGCCCGGAUGCGUCUGCAGAACCAAAUGUCCAACAGCCAGCGUGUGAAACAGUCACACGUCGUUCUGUGCACAUUGUGGGAGCCAGUGGUUACAUAUGAGCAGGCAGAAAAAGCAUGGGCCCUGCUCCAGAAGCGCCUCAAAGAGGACUAGAACCUUCAUCCAAGAUGGGAUUGCCUCUUCACUCUGGCUCCCUCGACACUGCCAGGCUGGAAAACUGUAGGCCGGAUGGGCCUCACCUUGAUGAAGGGCCGGAGAUGGGGGUGCAGAUGUGUGAAAGGGACUGCCUGGUGGUGUUGGAUAGAGGACAGAGCUGAGUUUCCUUUUUUUUCCCCUGUUGCAAAAGGCUGAGGGAGAAACCCAAGGAAAGUGAGCAGCAGGGGAUGCCUGCUGAGCAGGAAGGAGGAGCUUUUAGUACCUGGGCCAAUGAUGAUUGCAUGACUCUGAUGGAGACCAAUAUUUCAGCAAUGCUACUUGCAGAGGAGGACACUCCAUGGCUGCGGGGUAUGGGUGGUGGGUGGACGCCCUGUCUUAGACCCCACUACUCUGUCCUACGCGCCCUGUGCAUACACUAUACAUAAAGACACAAUCUCUUGACAGCUCUGUCUCUGUGUGGUGAUGGUUGCUCACACUACUGGUGGGGAUCUCUAGUCCACAAGGGGCUGGAUAAUCUUUUCUCUUUCACAGUCUUCAGGGGCUGGCAAUUUUGGUUGGGAAGAACAAAUGCUAAGGCUGAAUUUCUCCUCAUUUGAAUUUGCUUCCAUUUCUAUCCUUCCAAUGAAAAUUGUUGUCAGCUCUACUGAUUACACUGUUGGACAUGGAGCUUUUAGAAACAAGAGUAUACUAUACUGAAUUUGACAUGAUAUUUAAAAUGGUUUUAAUUUUUUAUUCUACAGGUGGUCAUCUUUAUCUAUGCACCCAUGGUUUUGUGUAUCUGCGGAUGGGUCUUAGGGACCUGGUUUCUUUAUCUAUAAAAAAAUAGGCCAAAAUUUGCCUAUUUGCAGUUGCUAAGUGGCUGGAAAUGACCCGGAAAUGAUUUCCAUUGUCACUUCUGGCUGCCAUUUUACAGCACGGAGCCAUUUAAAGGCUUUCUUUUUUUAAAAAAUCAUUUUGAGGCGUGAAUUCGCCAAAACUGUGGCAGAUGUGGGGGAUUUCAGGGGCAUAUCGAGCCCUGGAGAGCAAGGUACUGUUCAUUACUACUCUUAUUUCUCUCCCCUUCCCACUUUUUUGGCAAUUUUUUUUGGUUAGGAACUUAACCCCUAGAUUCCCAUAGGGGUCAGGUUUAUUUAUUUGUGGUUUCCGUACUCACGGUUAUAGGUGAGAACGGAACCCCCACAAAUAAAGAGGGCCACCUGCAUUAUUCAGGAUUUCUUUCUUUCUUUCCUUUUUUAAUUCUCUCAAAUUUGAAAUCAGAAUUGAAAAAAUCAUUUGUGUUUUGAAAAUCGGUUGAACUUAAGGUGUUUGUGAAAUUGAAUUUAGCUCAAAGUGGGGGGAAAGUGGAAUGUCAUUGUCUGAAGGUAUCCAAUGUACGAUGGCCUGUGAUUAGACACUGCAAAUGCAAGGGCAGAAUGUCUGUCCUCCAUACUUAAAUUGGUCUGAAGCCAAUUGAAUUGUAAUGGCUUCCCCCGAAGAAUCCAGGGAAGUCAGUUUCAUUGGGGUGUUGUGACUUUUCUGUUAGAGAUUGCAGAUCUCCCUCAACAAAUAAUUCUUGUGCUUUUUUUAAAAUCACAUGGGGACACUGGGAAGAGAGUUAUUAACAAUUAAACCAGUUUACGUUUGAAGUAAA